AUGAGGCCUAACACUGUGACUAUAAUGAAUCUCCUUCCUGUUUGUGCGCAGCUAGCCUCUCUGCAUCUAGUAAGACAAUGUCAUGGAUAUAUUAUUAGAGGCAGACUUGGUGAUAUCCGCCUGAAGGGGACUCUACUAGAUGUAUAUGCUAAAUGUGGCAGCUUGAAGCAUGCAUAUUCUGUCUUCCAGUCAGAUGCUCGUAGAGAUCUGGUUAUGUUCACUGCUAUGGUAGCUGGGUAUGCUGUACAUGGUAGGGGUAAGGAAGCACUUAUGAUCUUCUCUCAUAUGAUUGACUCAAACAUAAAGCCCGAUCAUGUUUUCAUAACUACUCUGUUGACUGCAUGCUGUCAUGCGGGAUUAAUACAGGAUGGAUUGCAAAUAUAUGACUCAAUAAGGGCAGUUCACGGUAUGAAACCUACAAUGGAACAAUAUGCUUGUGCUGUAGAUCUACUUGCUCGAGGGGGUCGACUUGAUGAUGCAUAUUCUUUCAUCACACAGAUGCCAGUUGAACCCAAUGCAAAUAUAUGGGGAACACUGUUAAGGGCGUGUACAACCUAUAAUAGGAUGGAUCUGGGGCACUCAGUUGCAAAUCAUCUUUUGCAAGCUGAAUCUGACGACACCGGAAACCACGUUCUCAUAUCGAAUAUGUAUGCUGCAGAUGCUAAAUGGGAAGGCGUGAUGGAGUUGAGAAACCUAAUGAAGAAAAAGGAAAUGAAAAAGCCAGCGGGAUGUAGCUGGCUAGAAGUGGAUGGGAAAAGGGAUGUUUUUGUGUCUGGAGAUUGUUCUCACCCUCGUAGAGACAGUAUUUUUGACUUAGUCAAUGCUUUAUAUCUUCAGAUGAAAGAGCCUGUGGUGUUUUAA